AAAAUUGAGUGUAAAUACCUCUUAAUAAGAAACGCAUUUUUUGAAUUGUGUAUCAAAUAAAAGAAGAAAAAUAAUGAGUUUAGUAAUUAAACAAGGAAACUGUUGUUUAAUAGAUCACUGGGAAUUUAUAGCUAAAUUAUAUAAGGAUGUUUUAUUUGAAGAAAAUUACCAAUCGUAUACGUUAUCAGCCAAACUCUUUUCGAUUACUUCUGAAGUUCGUACUAGGAAACGAAAAAAAGUUUACGAGGAAUUAAGUAUAGAGACUUCCAAGAUUAAAAGAAUGUAUGAAGAAUUUAUAGCAAAAGUGCCAAAUUCAAUAAAAGAGAGAAUUUCACAAAAAUACAAUAUUUUGGAUACAUCGUCAGUAAGAGACUUUUCGGCAUCAUUAUUUCAGUCAACAAUUUUUGAUCAUCACAGUAUAAACGGUGGUAGCACGUCCGACAUACCGUUAAAAUGUAAAAUACAAAAUGAAUACUUUCUGAUACCACCAAAUUCAAGGUUUUAUUAUGGCUCUGUAAAUGAAGAAUGUCAUAAACUUGACAAUGGUAUAUUUGAUCUUGUGAUCGCUGAUCCUCCAUGGUGGAAUAGAUAUAUCAGAAGAUUGAAAAAUGCCAAUGAACAGCUAAGUUACGAGAUGAUGUACAAUGAGGACAUAGCAGCGAUACCGUUGUCAAAUCUUUUAUCAUCGAAUUGUCUCGUGGCCGUCUGGUGUACGAAUUCCCCUGCAAACAUACAGGCGGUCAAGAACUUGAUAUUCCGCAACUGGGGCGUGCGGUACGUCGCCUCGUGGCACUGGUUGAAGGUGGCGGUGGACCUGUCGCCAAUCUGCCCCUUCGGAACGGGCUCCACGAAACAGCCCUACGAAAUGCUGAUCAUAGGUAAAGUCGGUAGCGUUGCACCCAUACCGGACGGUCAGUUAAUAGUCAGCAUUCCGAGCGCCCUGCAUUCUCACAAACCUCCUUUGUUGGAUCUGCUCAAGCCGUACAUAAACAAGGAGCAGCCGCGGAUAUUAGAAUUAUUCGCGCGAUACUUGUUACCCGACACGACGAGCGUCGGUUACGAGCCGUUGAAAUGGCAACACAUAUCCUUGUACGAGACGGUGGACAUCUCGGAGUGAAGGAGAGAUGGAAAGAGUUUGGAGGAAUCGACGAAAGAGAAGAUAUUUGAAGAAAGAGAAGAAAGAAGAAAGAGAAUUGUUCGGGAGACCAACGGUCCGGAUACUGUGAUUUGAAACUUAUACAUAUGCAAACUAAUUUUAGAAGACUGUCGCGAUUCUGGCUUCUGUUAUAUAUCUUCUGUUCUACAAUGGUCAUCGCUACAUAUAAGUCUAUUUUAGGUCUCCGUUCAUAAAAAAAAAUUUAUUGCCCUUGUAGGCAGACGAGCCCACCGGAUGGUGAGUGGUUACCGUCG